AUGGAGAUAAUCUCCAUUCUUCUCGAACAUCUGAGACUCAAUCAAAUCGACCGUGUUCGAGCCAACGGCGUAGGUGAUCACAUUGCGCUACCACAGUUGGUAGUCUGCAGGGACCAGCCUACGGGAAAGAGCUCCGUCCUUGAGGGGGAGAGCGGCAUACCCUUUCCUCGACAAGAUGGCUUGUGUACCAAAUUCGCUACGAAAAUAAUCUUGCGACAUGAUAACAACGAGCGCCGAGCAACGGCCACAGUCAUACCGCAUACGUCUCGGACUGAGGAAGAAAAAGCACGCCUUACCACGUUCUCUCGUCAGCUGUGUGAUCUGGCAGAUCUGCCAAACGUAAACGUUAUAGAAGAGGCCGCAACGCCUAUGGGAGUUCGUGGUUAUAGUUCCGAUAAGGAUGCCCCAGCGUUCUCUGGGGAUGUUCUUCGCCUAGAAAUAGUUGGCAAAACGGGACUCUUCAUUAUUCUGAUUGUCCUACUUACCUGUCCCAAUCCAUAA